UAAAUAGAGUUCACUUGCGUUUGGCUCGCGGCGAGGGUGGCCGCCUGUGCAUUUAAUAAAAAUGGGUGAUCGUAACAAUGCGGAGGCUCCGAGGAUCAGCUCGGCGAGUCGAAAGGACAAGCCCAUUGACCUGGACUAUCUGCUCAUCAACGAGCUGGGACAAUUCGGCAAGUUCCAGCUGUUGAACCUGCUGCUGGUCUCCGUCCCCAUCAUCAUGUCCGCCUUCUUCAGCGAGUACAUAUUCUCUGCCGCCGCUAUUCCUCACAGAUGCCAAGUCCCCGAAUGUGGUGAAACAGAACGGAGCUCUCCAUUCGAGCCGGAGUGGAUUCUGAACGCGAUCCCUCAGACUGAUUCCGGGUUCGCUAGCUGCGAGCGGUUCAACCCUAUAGCGGUAAAUGGGUCUCUGGAUUACUGUCCUGCUAACUUGUUUCAAGAAGACACAAUACCCUGUAACGGUUUCGUCUACGCUAGGGAUAACUCCGUUGUAUAUGAUUUUGAUCUUGGUUGUCAAGAAUGGAUGCGAGCCUUAGCCGGUACCCUCAGCAGCGUCGGUACUUUGCUGGUGCUGCCCAUCAUCGGAUACAUCUCAGACAGGUUCGGUCGUCGUAUUGCCCUGGUCAUCAGCGUCUUCAAUCUUUCGCUAUUCGGUCUCAUCAGGGCCUUCUCCGUCAACUACGCCAUGUACCUUGCGCUGCAAAUCAUCCAGACUACUUUAGGAGCUGGAAUAUUCAGCUCAGCUUACAUUUUUGCAACUGAAUUCGUGGGUCCGAAAUACCGUGUGUUCACAAGUGCCACCUGCUCGUCCAUGUUUGCCGUGGGUCAAGUUGUUCUUGGCUGCAUCGCCUGGCUGGUGCAGCCUUGGCGGUACAUGAUCAUGACCCUUCACAUUCCUUGCUUCACCAUCAUCAUCUACUACUGGAUUCUGUCAGAAAGCGUCAGGUGGCUACUCUCCAAACAAAAGUUUGAUGAGGCGCGGGUUGUUUUAGAGAAGGCUUCAAGGGUCAAUAAAAAGGAAAUUAGUGAGAAGACUAUGCAGGCAUUGUUGACUCCUCCUAAUGCUCCCGUGAAUAAGGUGCAACCUAACGGUCCCGGACUUAUCGCCUCAAUCGUGAAGUCUCCCGUCCUGCUCCGGCGCGUGUGCACGACACCCAUCUGGUGGAUCACAACCACGUUCGUGUACUACGGACUGUCUAUCAACUCCACCAGCCUGUCGGACACCAUGUACCUUAACUACAUCCUCACGUGCGCCAUCGAGAUCCCUGGCUUCUACACCGCCGUGCUCAUCUUGGACAGGAUCGGCAGGAAGCCCACUCUUUCUGGAGGAUUCUUAUUCAGUGCUGCUUGUAACAUUGCCUUCGCUUUCAUUCCUGACGACAUGACGGUGCUGCGCCUGGUGCUGUUCCUGUUGGGCAAGUUCGGUAUCGCGGUGGUGUUCACCUCCUUGUACCUGUUUACUUCCGAGCUCUACCCUACCGAGUACCGCCACAGUCUGCUCGCCUUCUCCUCCAUGGUUGGGCGUAUCGGCUCCAUCACUGCGCCACUUACGCCUGUCCUGAUGGAGUAUUGGUCUGGCAUUCCCUCAGUAAUGUUCGGCGCCAUGGGCGUCCUGUCCGGCGUCCUUGUCCUAACGCAGCCGGAGACCCUCGGCACCAAAAUGCCUGACACGUUGGCCGAAGCGGAGAUGAUUGGCAAGCCAGAGUCCAAGCUUCAGCGGUAGCAUUCCACGGCGAUACGCGCGCUCUCUAGUACAUUAACAAUAGAUUAUAACACUAUUUAUAACUAAUUAAUAAAAUACAUGGGAUAAUAUUUUAAAAUAUAUUUGUGGUGCAAUAAACAAUAUAUACCACAUAUUAAUGUAGCUUCUUUA